AUGUCAAACAACGCGACGAAGAAGAAGAGUAGCAGCUGGAAACUGUUCCCUCAAGUAGAUAAACAGCGAGAGCAGAUUGCUACGAUCGAUACUACAAAAGAAAAUAUCAAUGCUAUAGAAAUACCAUUUGGGGUUCGUAUGGCGAAUAAUUCUUACACUUGUCCAAUGCUUGCGAUUCAUCUCCACAUCCAGAAACAGUUCAACAAUGGUCGCACGUUGAUUGAUCGAGAAAUUCUGACGGAUAAGAAGAACGAAGAAGCGAUAUUUAUAGGUAAUCGCCGACUGAAAGAAGAAGCUGAAGCUCAUGCUGUAGAGGAAGUAACUAUGAUUCUGCUUGAUGAUGUGAUGAAUAUCACUUAUGCAUCGAAUAUUUAA